UUCUUGACGGCACUAAUCGCGGACUUGGACUCGUACGUACUUGCAAUGCAGUCCCAAGCAGCGCACAAUCCAAAUACAAGCGCAGUGCAGCUGGACAAGUGGUCGCGCGAGCUGGCGCCGCUGUCUGAUGGAGCGAGGAGCAGCGUGAACACCUUGGCCGACUGGAUCAACAAGUCGUUGGAUGGGCACAAGCAGGAUGCGAGCGCAGCAAGUGCACCACGGCAGAGCAGAGAGGAUGUUCAGCAAGAUGCUCGCAUGGACAUCUCGGAGCGCACUCCUCGCCCUUCUUCGCCUGCGCAAGAUACCGCGACAGCACAGCCAGAGCCACGCACGCAGGAUUCGCUGGCCAGACCAAGCUUGCCCACCGCUCCCAUAUCGGACGCUCCGGCAUUCCUGAGCUGGUACAAUGCUCAACAGUCUCACAUCGCCUCUUCAUCCUCUUCCCAUCAUCAAGACACCAUCAGAGCGCUUGGUGAAGCGCGCGAGCGGGCAGACGAGACGCUGAGCCAGCUCGAGGCUGCUAGAAUUCACGUGGCCGAGUUGCGCGCUGGAGCCAAGUUCGUGCAAGAGGGAAGCGAAGGGUUGAGGGAGGAAGCAGAGAGCAUGGCGGAGAAAAUGGAUCACCUGUCUACGCUGUCCGAUGAGCUCGCCUUGCGACUGUCUUACUUUGCCAUCCUACCAUCAUCGACGACGUUUCUCUCAUCGCCUUCUCUCUCCCUAGUCCUCUCUCCCGACUUUCUCUACACUCUCGAUCGACUCGAUGUCGGUCUGCAGUUCCUGCGAGCUCAUCCAGACUAUCACGAUGCCGCAGUCUACAAGAUGCGAUUCGAGCAUUGUGUAGUGAGAGCUGGCCAGCUGAUACGUCUGCACGUCACUAGCACGUUCAAGUCUGUAGUUGGGGAGACGUUGGUCAAGCUGAAAGAAUGGGAGAGAAGCAGGUGGAGCAAGGCGGGGGAGAAGGAGACGCAGGAUCAAAACGCGCUGAUGGACCUGGCGGACCCAGUCUUGCACACGCUUCUCUAUGACCGCUUCAACGAAGAAGCUCAGCAGAUGAAGCCUCUCCUGCUGGAACUUGAAAAGCGUUCUGCGCCCUCUGCGCCAGCCGCAGCCUCGCUCGAUGUCUCCAACCAUGAGCGAGACAAGCAACCACCCAUGGACGAGAACGCGCUUCUGGCUGAUUACGCGGCCAAGGCCAAAGUCGAGUCCACGGAAGGCGAUGCGGCCGCGCUUCAAGAGGACUCUGCGUCCGCUGCAGUCUUUUCGGCCCCCGAGUUUGAUGCUAUGCUGAUGGAAUGCCGUACGGCCUACUUUGAAGCACGCCAAACGCUCCUCUCGGGUAUCGUAGGCAGCUGUGUGGCGCGCAUCGAGGCUGCUGCUCAGACUCUGGCUUCUGCGACGGCCAGCACCAGUCGAGCUCACGCCUCCCUCUUGCCGCCCCUGGUUCGACAAGGCUUAGCAUUCCUGGCGCCGGUGUGCGAGUCGGAGCGAUCGUUGUAUGGGCGAUUCUUUGCUACGCAGACUGCUGCAGAGGCAACCUUCCUCUCCACGCUGUGCGGACCUCUGCACGAUCGAGUGUGUUCGCGUGUGCAGCGAGAAAACAAUGUGGCCAUCGUUUCCCAGGUAUGCGUUGCCCUUCUGGAACCAGCAGAUCGCCUCGAACACACUGCGCUGCUCUCUCCGCUCAUCAGGCCGAUGCUCAAAGAUGCUCAAGCUCAGCUAUCCAUGCGAGCCAGGACUCUCUCCUUGGGUCCCGAAAUCGCAAACUUCAAGCCGAGCGCAGACGAUUUGGACUAUCCUACGAAGCUUGGAGGAGCGGCUGCUGCGGCGCAUCGACGUGCCCAGAGCAGCAUUGGAGGUGCUGGGCUCCUGGAGGCUGCUGCAGAGGCUGAAGCUGCUCGCAGCAGAGGUGCAAGUGAGGCUAGCAGAGACAGCAAGAUGGGAUUGGCGCGCGCGCAGCAGGAAGGCAACGCUGCCACCACGUCCGUUCGGCUCUUUGCUUCGCCAGCUCCUUCGGUCGUGAGGACGUGGUACACGCCCGUCUCUCGCACACUAACCAUGCUCUCGCUACUUCACAUUGCCUUGCCCACCAAGCUCUUUUGCGAAUUGGCAAUGAUCGCAGUAGAUGCUUGUCGACAUGCCCUACUGCACGGUGCAGAGAGGAUGGGGAGCGAUGGCAAUUCCAUGAUGCCGGGCAGGAUAGGGGCGACUGGGCGUAUGGACCCGCCAUUGUUCUUGCUUCGGCAUUUCUUGCUCCUUCGAGAAAUGGUGGCGAGCGCGGAAUUGAGCACGAGCGCUCAGGGCCAAGGGCAACCUGAUCGCAUGGCCGUAGCUUUGGGCGAUGGAAAUGCCCUGCAGCAUUCUUCCAGCGUCAUCGAUUUUGCACUGCUCACUUCGGUCGUCAAUGCUCUGUGGGCCACCACUAGCGCUCUGUUGGACCCUAGAGGCUUGCUGCGCGGCGUCGCUUCGGUCGACGAAGAGCCCGCGCUAAAUCGCACACGCACACCUCGAUCUCCUUCCGGACCUGUUGAUCCGGCUCAGAGCGAAGCUUUGACUCGACUCGAAGAUGCCAUCAAGAGCGCGUCGGCGCAGCUGGUCGACGUCAUCUCUUCCAGCGUCUGUCUGCCUGUGCGCGUAUUCAUGGACCAGGCACGACGGCCCAAAGUCGCUGUUCCCGCUUCGCCCACCACCAAGCCCAGCAAGAUGAGCGCGGACAAGAUCAAGGGCGCCAAAGAAGCGUUCGACACUUGUGCAAGGACCACGCUUUCGGAGGUCAAGCUGGCUCUGGCGGCGUACAUCGAGGAGGAAAGGGUCAUCGAUUCGCUCGUAGAGCCUAUUCUGACCCGAAUCGUGCAGACGUAUCAGGCUUUCGUCGACGUGGUGCAAGAGAACACCGCGAACGCAGCUAGCGAGCAACAAGCACCAGAAAUAAUCCCCAGCCCCGAAGAAGUGCAAAGGGAGCUGCGAAAGCUGAUACAGAGGUGAUGCGCGCUUUCUCUCUCCCCCCCCCCUCCUUCGCGUCCUGAUCACCCUUUCAAUUUCCGCCGCGCGAUGCUCUGCUGCAUACGCGUCACGCAAUCGCUUUUGCGCUUGCACGACCAAAGGUCGCAGCGCGAUUUUCGUCGAAGCGAUGACUUCGCGAUCGCUCGCAUGGCAUCAUCGUUAUUGCUUAGUGUACAAUCGUGCGAGACCGCCGAGAGCCUCGUCGUAAGCAGGUCUGAGCGGUUGC